GUGUGGGGGAGCACGAAAAGGAAAAGGAGGCACCGGUUCUGGACACGGACGAUCACGACGACGACGACAACAACUGAUAGGGUGGGGAGAAAGACGAAAGUUUCGUUUCGUAGCUGAGGCAAGACAACAUGGGAGGCAGGGGCGGGAAGACGAAGUCGUCUGUCCGCAAUGGCCGUCGGGGCAAAAACGCGGCGGGGAAGGGGAACGAUGCCGACGGGGAUGGUGACGUGGAAGGAGGUCGACACUUCUGGUCCGUCGACCACAUUGGUGCCCUCAUCAGGUCUAAAUGUAACCAAGAUGCGCACAUGCAGGGGAUGGGUCACACCUACGCUCGGAUGAAGCCGCGAGAAUGGAAGUGGUUAGAUAUGGCGCAAAGGAUGAAGAAGGUGGGCGUCGACAGAGACGCAGAUAAGUGCGGGAAGAAGUGGGACAAUUUGAUGCAACAGUUCAAGAAGGUGCAUCACUUCAAUGGCUUGUAUGGGAAACAGGAUUUCUUCCAAUUGCCGACGAAGGAGAGGACGUCCAAGGGCUUCAAUUUCAACAUGGAUCGUGAGGUUUACGACGAGAUACUGGGGUCCACGGGCACGAACCACACCAUACACCCGAAGAAUGUCGCCGACACAGGUGCUUCGAUUGGUGUGCGUCUGCCGUCCACCUCUUCUGCGGAACUUGAAUCUGUGGGCGAUGGGGACGCUGGUGCAGGGCAGGACGACGACCAUGAUGGGUCGACGAAAAGUUCUUCUCAAACGACAGGUAGCCCAAGCGGUUUCGCGAAGAGGAAGAGCAUGAGGCAACACAUUUUUGAAGCGAUGACAGCAUGCAUGGAGAAGCACAGGGCGUUAAUGGCGUCGAUGAUGGAGAGCGUCAACAAGCGCCAGUGCUCCAUCCAAAUCCGAUAGUGUGAGGAAUUAGAAACGGAGGUCGAAGUGCAGAAAAAACACUACGAAGCGUCGGACGAAUUCAGCAAACUGAUGU